UACGAGCAGAACUCGACAAAGAAACGGAGGAAAAAAACCUUCUUUGCUUACAGUCUGAGCAACAAUUGCAAAAAAUCCAGCAGCUGGAAGCAGAACUAAAAACAGCCAGAGACUUCCUGAAGGAGAGCCAGAAUUACGCUGAAGAGAUGAAAAAGAAGACUUUAUCUCAGGAAAUAGAAUUGAAAGAGAAACAAGCUGAGAUUACCCAUCUGCAGCUGUCUGCAGCUGAGUUGGCUUCUUUAAAAAAGGAAAUGAUUAACAUCAAGGCUCAGCAAAAGACACUGAAAGAGCAACUUAAUAUCACACUUCACGAAAAUGAGCAACUGAGCAAGCUAGACAGUCUGAAGUCUUUAGAUCAACGGAAGAAGCAAAAUGGAUUCUCUCACACUAAACUGAAGACAUGGAUGCAAUCCUGUGCUGAUGAGAUGACACAGUCACUGACCCAGGACAAGGAGCAAGAGUAUGAGCCAGACGGACUCCCGGAGGUGGUCAGAAAAGGCUUUGCUGAUAUUCCUUCUGGGAAAACCAACCCCUGUGUUUUGCGCAGAACAGCGCUAAACCUAAAGACCAGUCCCCGUCUUGCUGCUCAAAGCCAAAAUUUGUCACCAUAUGGCCAACAUUUACAAAAAGGCAAUUUUGUCAAGAUCUCUAAACCGACAGGUGGUGGCAGCAAAUCACCAAAGGUAGAUGAUACUCAGCAGUGCCAAACGGAAACAGCUAUUGAACCUAUGGAAUCAAGAUCUCCUCUUUGCAUGAAGAAGCAACACACAGAAGCUGUUGCUGAGAACUCAAGGGAGAAUCUCCACACACACCAAGGCAGAUGUUCCUUGAGCACACAAAAACUACCUGAUGAAAAUGAACACGACAAAAACUGUAUGGUACAGUAAACCUGAGUAGUAUAAGUAGUAUACCAUGAAACAAACCCUGACCGCACCCCUUGACCCCUUAAACUCUGCCCCUUGACCCCUUAAACCCCACCCACCUGUCACCA